AUGGCACCGAUUAGAGAGAUCGUCAUGGAGGAUGACAGUGACCAAGUCGAGCUCAAGGUUACUUUCUACCCAGAACUAUACUUACAACGAAGAAUAUGGAUUCUGGACAUCUUGAGACGGGAUAACAUUGCGAAGCUACUCGACAUUGGUUGCGGAGAGGGAGAACUUCUAGGAACCCUAUGCCAACCAGCACCUUGGCUCACGCCCCCACCUUACGAUGUCCUACCACCGGAAACCCCAAAGACACCGAUCGCAUCACCAACGUUCAACUCAGAGGACGACAUACCCAACCUACACGCAACCUUGAUCCAUGGCUUAGACAUCUCCGAGGAUGAUUUGGCCUUUGCUAUUAAUACAACCCAACCUCCACAACCGAUGGACCAGUUUAAGGACGCGGUCCCCUUGAGCCCUCACCCGCAGAAGAGGUUCAACACGACCCUCACAAGAUUCGAGGACCUGGAGGUCAAGCUGUGGAAAGGAGGCCUGGAGAUGAUAAACGAGGAAUUCGUCGGGAUUGAGUGCAUCGUCAGCACAGAAGUAAUCGAGCACCUCCCUCCUUCCAUAUUCCCUUUCUUCGCCCCGAUCAUCUUGGGCGUUUACCAUCCAGAGCGCUUCUUGAUGACGACACCUUCCUACACCUUCAAUGCGCGCUUCACAUCCCCAGACGCCCUCCCAUCUGUCCGCAAAGGCUAUCCGGAUCCAACGAAGCGAACAGAUCGGAUAUUCCGUCACUCAGACCACAAAUUUGAGUGGACAACCGAGGAAUUCGAAUCAUGGCGUGACGAGACAGCGAGCACGUGGGGGUACAGCGUUCAUUGGUCUUCCAUUGGCCAUGCGCGAGAAGAUGACCCUUAUGGACGAGACGAGGAGCUCGGUGGUGCAACUUUUGUCGCUGAAUUCCGCAAAUUGGGCGCCGAAACGAUGACCGAUGCUCAGCGAGAAAAGCUUGGCCGGGAAACCGUUGAGAAAUUGAUGGCAACGGAAGACAGUGCGAUCCACAGAACACCGCACGAACUGGUCGCUCAUCAUCGACACCUCGCCCAUCCGUCUUCGCAGAAACCAAAACCCUUCGAGGAAAUCGCCAAAAUUGUGAAAGAGCGGAUGGAGGAAUACCGGGAGGCGUUCAUGCGUCUGGAUGAAUUGUGGUUCGAGAGCGAGAUUUCAACGGCCUGUGGCGGUUGGAUCGAAUUCUUGGUGAAGGCCGUGGAGGAGAGUCCUGUACUGCACCUGAAGAAAGAGGAAGAUGGCAUCAAGCGAAAGCGAGAUAUGUGGACUGUCGAAAUAAUCGGUGCAAAGUCGUUGAAGCUUUGGGGAGAUCCCGAUGACGUAGAGACGGAGACCAACCAGAGCACAGAAUAUGUGCCCCCCGAUUGGACGCCGGGGGAGGGCUGGCUCGAAUCAACUGACAUGAGCGACCUGGGAGAAUCCACCGGCGCGGAGGGAGACAUAUCCUUGUGUGGUUCAGAGGAAGAUUCUGCUUGGUCGCCGAACGUCGUGCCAGGGAAGGGGUGGCCAAUUCGAAAGCCGAAGAGGAGGAAUACAUGGCAGCCGUCGUCCACCUUGAAGAAUUCAGACGAACAGGAUUCGGAUGAUGCUUGGUCGAGAGGUUGGGGUAGCAGUCAGGCUUGGGUGGACAGCUCUGAAGACGAGAAACGCUAUAAACGACCGGGUAAUUCGUCAACUGCUACAGCCGCGGGGAAGAAAACGGAACGCGACGGCAAUACUUCGACAGCUGGCUGGGAUGGGGAUGCCGACGAUAGCGAUACGGAAUAA